AUGCCCUUCCACCAGAGGGCCGUGGAGCCCGCGCGGCUGCACCGGGCCGGGGCCGGGGCCGCGGGCGCGCCGCUCUUCCGCUCGCUGGAGCAGGUCAGCUCGCACGCCCUGGUUUGCCUGCUGGAGCAGCUCGCCGACUUGUCGCGCUGCGCUGGGGACAUCUUCGGGGAGCUCGAGGGCCAGGCGGCCUCGCUGGGCCACCGCACCGCCGCGCUGCACCGCCGCCUCGACGCCCUGCACACCGCCGCCGCGCGCCUCGACCACCGCCGAGUGAAAAUCCCGGUUUCCAACCUCGAUGAGGAGAGCAGAUGGACAGUCCACUACACUGCUCCGUGGCACCAGCAGGAGAACGUGUUCCUGCCCACCACGAGACCCCCCUGCGUGGAGGACCUGCACCGCCAGGCCAAGCUCAACCUCAAAUCCGUGCUGAGGGACUGUGAUAAGCUGCGGCGGGACGGCUACCGGAGCUCCCAGUGCUACUCCCAGGGACCCACCUUCGCCAGCUCUGGUCUGCCCUGCGAUGAGUAUCAGGAUGAGGAUGAAGAAACAGAUCAGAAGUGUUCCAUCUCUUCGUCGGAAGAGGAAAGACUUAUUUCCAUCAGGAGACCUAAAACGCCGACCUCAGGUGACUUCCAUGACCUUAAUACUCAAACGAACUGGGCCAAGUCACUUCCCUUGCCGACACCCGAGGAGAAGAUGCGGCAGCAAGCCCAGACGGUCCAGGCGGAUGUGGUUCCUAUUAACAUCACCGGGGAGAAUUUCGAUCGUCAGGCCAGCCUUCGGCGGUCUCUAAUUUACACAGACACUCUGGUAAGACGACCGAAGAAAGUCAAAAGGAGAAAGACUAUUUCAGGAGUCCCUGACAACAUACAGAAGGAGCUAGCAUCGGGCACUGGCCAAGAUGAUGUUGGUGGUCACUCAGUGUACAUUCCAGACCACUGCUCGACACUAGGAAGGCUUGGCAGCUACCGGUCUGCCGGGCCGCGCUCUGAGACCAGGGACUCCAGCUGUCAGACGGAGGAGGUGAAAGUCGUACCACCUUCCAUGAGAAGAAUCAGAGCCCAGAAGGGGCAGGGCAUUGCUGCCCAGAUGGGUCACCUCUCAGGCUCCGCUGGCAACAUGUCUGUGCUGAGUGAUUCUGCGGGCAUUGUGUUCCCUUCCCGCCUCCACAGUGAUGCCGGUUUCCACAGUCUUCCACGUUCCGCAGCGAGGGCCAGCUUUCAGUCCCUGGAUCCCCGGCUGGGUGCCCAAGGCUCUGCAGAAGACCUGGACGGCAUGUUCCCCCACCAGAGGGCUAACCCACAAGCAGGUGAAAACUUCGGACAGAUGCGAGAUCCCGCAAGGGCUGGAACACUUCUGAGGCCCCCGUCCCAGGAGCUGAGGCACUUGGAGAGCGAGAACAGAACAAGCCCAGCAUGUGUGGUGUCCCCUCAUGGGACCUCCUCCCCCAGCAUCAUCCCCAACGCCACCCUCUCCUCCUCCUCGGAGGUUAUUGUUAUUCACACUGCUCAGAGUUUGGCGCAGCGGGACAGUGAAAUGACCAGCAACUCUUCAUACACAAAAAUAAAAUCCAGAGACCGCCUCCUUGGCGGGCACUGCAGCCAAGAUGACCGUCAGUCUCCCAACGGUAACUGGAGUGGAGGUCACUCCACCAUCGUUUCACAGGCUGUGGGUCCCCACUGCCCCAGAGCAGCCACACUCUUGUCCCUGUGUGAUUCGGCAGUCUCUCUCCACACCGCAGCAAACCAGGAGAAUGGGGCCCAAGCCAUGGCCCAUUGCUGUAGGAAGAACCUGAGCUUCCCAGCCCAGCCCCAGGAUGUGGACAGCAAGAGUGAGUCCAGUUAUUCAGGAGGCCGGGGGCGUGGAUGCGCGGAGCCCUGGGAGUACAGUGGCUCAGGGAGUGGGCGGGCGUCCCCGCUGAAGCCGCACUUGGCCACUCCUGGGUCCUCCACUCCUGUAAGUAACUUGAGCAGUUGCAGUUUGGACCAGACGUCCAACAGAGACGACGCCAGGUCCCUGUAUUCAGAGGACCACGAUGGCCACUACACGUCUCUGCACCCCGAUGCUGGACACGGGUCUGGGAAUCUGUGCAAUAGCAGCAAUGGCUUUGGGAACCCCAGACACAGCGUGGUCAAUGUUUUUGAUGGAAGAACUCAGAAGAACCAAGGGGACCGGUCAAAUUUCCAUGACAAGUCCCUUUCUCGAAACAUCUCUUUGAAGAAAGCAAAGAAGCCUCCUCUGCCACCCUCUCGGACAGACUCUCUACGCAGGAUCCCCAAGAAGAAUGCCCAGACCAAUGGGCAGGUGCUAAACGAGAGCCUGAUCGCCUCCCUCCAGCACUCGCUGCAGCUGAGCCUGCCGGGCAAGGGCGGCCUGUCGCCGUCCCAGAGCCCCUGCAGCGACCUGGAGGAGCCCUGGCUGCCCCGCUCCCGCAGCCAGAGCACAGUGAGUGCGGGCAGCAGCAUGACCUCGGCCACCACGCCCAACGUCUACUCCCUGUGCGGCGUCACCCCAUCGCAGAGUGACACCAGCAGUGUCAAGUCCGAGUACACGGACCCUUGGGGUUACUACAUUGACUACACUGGCCUGCAGGAGGACCCUGGGAACCCCAGUGGGGGCUGUUCGGCCAGCAGCGGGGUUCCAGCUGGAAACGGGCCAGUCCGCCACGUUCAGGAGGGGUCCAGGGCUGCCGUGCCCCAGGUGCCCGGUGGCUCAGUCAAACCAAAGAUCACAUCACCGGAGAAGUCACACAGAGUCACUUCUCCGUCCAGUGGGUAUUCCAGCCAGUCGAAUACGCCCACAGCACUCACGCCCGUGCCUGUGUUUUUAAAAUCAGUGUCACCAGCCAAUGGGAAGGGGAAGACUAAGCCCAAGGUGCCGGAAAGGAAGUCCUCUCUGGUGUCUUCCGUGUCCAUCUCGUCCUCGUCCACGUCCCUUUCUUCUAACACGUCCACAGAAGGCGGUGGAACCGUGAGGAAGCCAGACCCAGUGCCAGCCCCUGUCCCUGUCCCUCCUCUCCCAGCCCUUCCGUCUCCAUGUCCUGCUGACAAGUCUCCUUUGCCUCCUCCUCCCCCACCCUUAGCAGAUUCCCCCAGGGGCUCUCCUCUGCCUCAGUCUCCCCUCUUCCCCCCUCCACCACCAGAGGUGCUUAGUCCCUUCUGUCCUUCUGAUGCAUACUUCCCUCCUCCCCCCGCCGCGCACAGCCCCCUUCUGGAUUCCUCUGCCCCCACGCUACCCCCUCCACCAUCUUUAACCUCCUCCAUUCCCCCUCCUGCCCCACCCCUUGACCCCAAAUUGUUGAAAGAUGCCAGGCCUUUCAAAAGGUCUAACGAGCCCGACUCCUCCCUGGAGGCCUUUAGACAGCCUGUCACCAAGGAGGAGGGCGGCAGGCCCCCCAUGCCCCUGAUAACCACGGAAGCACUGCAGAUGGUGCAGCUGAGGCCGGUGAAGAAGAACUCAGGAACCGAGGGAGCACUGUUACAUGAACAAGCAUCUCAGGAAAAACAAACUCCGAUUGUGCCCCAGUAUCAUUUAAAGCCAUCUGCUUUCCUGAAAUCCCGAAAUAGCAUAAAUGAAAUGGAGAGUGAAAGCCAGCCUGCCUCUGUGACGAGCUCGCUUCCGACUCCUGCCAAGAUCAUGAGUCAGGGUCACCAGGACGGUGCAGCCGAGCGUGGCCGCCCGAGCCGCAGCCCUGGCCGCGCUGGGGAGACAGAGGCUGGGCCGGGCCCCGGGACGGCCCCGCUCCAGAAGGCCCCCGGACCUUGGCUCAGCAAAAAGCCGCCCCCCAUUUCCAAGAAGCCCAAACUGUUCCUAGUGGUGCCACCUCCGCAGGGAGAUUUCACAGUGGAGCCAGCAGAGAACGUGAGCCAAGCGGUGCCCAGCCCCACACGGGGAGAGGCCAAGGAGAGUUGUGCAGCCGGGGCUGGUUCUGAUGAAACCGACUCCAGCCGCUCAGUUCUUGAGGGAGGAGCCGCCGGAUCCACGUCCCCAGGCAGAGUGGAAGCCAAUGCCCCCAUGGUGCAGCCCAGCGCCUCACCAGCCGCGGAGCGGGAGGAGCCAGGCGCCGAGGACAGUGCAGACCAUGGGGGCGAUGUGGAGGAGAGCUGUCUGUCUCUGCAGGACCCAGGGCCCGGGCUGCCGGAGCCCCACGCAGCCGCGUCUUCCUCAGAGGCUUUCGACUUCCCGAAGGACGAAGGGGGUGAUGAGGGGAUGACCCCCAGCAGGCCCCGGACCACAGAAGACCUUUUUGCAGCCAUUCACAGAUCCAAGAGGAAAGUCCUUGGCCGCAAAGACUCAGAGGACGAUCACACCCGAAACCAUUCUCCCUCCCCGCCAGUGACACCCACCGGCGCUGCCCCCAGCCUGGCCUCCCCAAAGCAGGUGGGAUCCAUUCAGAGAAGCGUCCGCAAGAGCAGCACCAGCAGUGACAACUUCAAAGCCCUGCUGCUGAAAAAGGGGAGUCGGUCGGACACCAGUGCCCGAAUGUCCGCAGCUGAGAUGCUCAAGAACACAGACCCUCGGUUCCAGAGGUCAAGGUCAGAGCCUUCGCCAGACACUCCCGACAGCCCGUCCAGCUGCUCCCCAAGCAAGAACCGGCGGGCCCAGGAGGAGUGGGCCAAGAACGAAGGCUUGAUGCCUCGGAGCCUGUCCUUCUCGGGCCCCCGGGUCGGCCGCAGCCGAACACCACCGUCCGCGGCCAGCAGCAGGUACAGCGUGCGGAACCGGAUCCAGAGCAGCCCCAUGACCGUCAUCUCGGAAGGCGAAGGGGAAGCCGUGGAGCCCGUGGACAGCCGGGCUCGCCGUGCCCUGGACGCGGCGCGGGGCUGUUCCCUGGAUGGCCUGGGGGGGGCUCACAUGGACGAGGACAGCCGGCUCUGUGGCCCCGCGGGUGGGGCCGCCCGUGGGGAGGGCAGGGCUCUGUCGGAGCAGUGCGGAGGUCCUCUGCGGGGGGAGAGUUAG